CAAAACCAAGCCAAAUGGAUGAAUAUCCAACCAAACUACUAAUGUUCACUCUAUUAACAACUUAUUUCUUCCAUAUUCAAGCUAAUCUUGAUCAAACAAAAUCAUUAAACCCUCAAAAUUUUACCAUUAUUGAUCCAUAUCUAGCCCUCCACCUCAUUCAAAACCCGGAUGGAUCAAUAACCCGAAUAAAAGACUUCUACCCUACGGUACCACCCAACACUUCUCGUUCUCUUGCAUUCUCUAAAGAUGUCUCUUUGAACCCGGAUAAAAAAACAUGGAUCCGGGUUUACCUACCCAACAAACCCGAACCCAUUAAAAACCUACCCAUCAUUGUUUACUCCCAUGGUGGUGGGUUUGUAAUUCUAAGCACAACCACACCUAACUUUGACUCGUUUCUCUCCAACAUGGCGAGUCAACUCAGUGUGUUAGUUGUCUCGGUUGAGUAUCGACUCGCUCCUGAACACCGCCUUCCAUCUGCGUACGACGACGUUUUGGAGGCUUUGUUUUGGAUUAAAGACAAAAAAGAUGAAUGGGUUAUAAAAUAUGGUGAUGUAUCAAAGUGUAUUUUAAUGGGGGAGAGUGUAGGGGGGAACAUUGCAUACACCGUUGGAUUAAAAGCAUCACAUUUGAUCAACAACUUACAACCGUUGAUUAUUAGGGGUUUGGUUUUGAUCCAACCCGUUUUUGGUGGGGUUUAUCGAACUAGAUCCGAAUUAAGACUAGGUGGUAAUACGGGUGAUUUGCCUUUGGUUAUACCUGAUUUUUUGUGGAAUUUAUCUUUACCUAUUGGCGCUAAUAGAAACCACCCGUAUUGUAACCCGAUUAUACAUGGCGGGUCAGGUAGUGAAUUGAGGAAAAUUAGAGAGUUGGGUUGGCCCGUUUUGAUAGCGGGUUGUGAUGGAGAUUUAUUCAUUGAUAAGCAAGUUGAGGUGUACAAGUUUUUGAAGAAAAAUGGUGUGAAUGUUGCGAGUUAUUUUAGUGAAGGUGAUUAUCAUGGUGUGUUUGUUACUAAGCCUUCGAAAGCUCGAAAACUCUUCAAUUUUGUGCGAGUUAAUUUUAUUAAAAUAUUAUAUCACACUAUAUUAUCAUAUUCAGUAAAUUCUGUCAAAUAA